UCUCUCUCUCUCUCUUCUGCAACGCCGCGAUGACGACGACGACGACGCGCGACGUGGACGGCGGCGGCGAGGCGCCGACCGAGCGAUCGGAGAAGAUCGAGCAGAUCCGGACGUACAUCGGCUACGAGAUGUCCACGCCCGACGUCUCCUCCGCCCUCGCCCAGUCCCUGGGCGACGCCGACGCCGCCAUUGACCCCAUCCUCCGCACCUGGAAGGAGGUCCCUUUCAAAGUCAGGCGCGCCCUCGCCGGCGCCGGCGCCAGGAUCUCUGCCGGAACGGAGCCGGAACCGCCCGAGGGGACGGGAGACCCGAAGGUGCCUGUCGAUCCGUCGGGGACGUCUUCCGGCGAGCUUCCGAAGGCGGCAGAUGAGGAGUACCUCGGGGUGGAGUCCAAGGUAAUGGGCUGGGUGGAGGAGGACUUCGGUUCCGUUGGGGAUGAGAAGUCCCCUGUAGUAGGGGAGACGGCGUGUGAAGCAGAGGAGGAGGCGUCAUUUGAGAAGACCGUAGCCGAAACAGAGCCUGAUGUCGUCGUCCACGACGGUAUGCUGCCCAAAGAAAAAGCAUGCGGAGGAGCACCGGAAGAACCCCGGCUGGUUCGGCAGUCGGAAGCAAAGGGACGCGUUGAUUUCUCGAUGAUGUCGUUCGAUGAGUUCCUCAAGGCCACUGGUACGAAAGUGGUGGCCGAUGAGGAGUACCUGAGGAGCCAGAGCAUGGAGACGGGGACGAUGGUUCGGGUAAAGGGUGAAACUGACUCUGUUUGCGUAGAGAAGGCAGCUGCGAGAGAAGAAAAGAGUACGGUUAGAGCAGAGAAUAUGGUACCUGAUGCAAGAGAGGUAGAGAUGGUGUCUGAGGAGGGAUGUAACAGGAACCAGGGUAUGCAAGGGACUGGUCAAGGAUCGAUGGUUGAUAGAUCAUCUCAGAGGACCAUAAUCAAGGCGGAGCCCGAUGUCGUCAUCGUUGCGGAAAGUACAGUGCUAAGAGCAGAGGAAAAGAAGAAACUACGGGGCGAUUUGCAAGUCCAGCCCUGGGAUGGUAAGAAAGAUUUCAAUCCCAAAAAGAGGAAAGACAUGGGUGUGGAUCCAAUAGAUGCUACUCCAAUUAACUGGGCUAAACCGAAGCUUAUGCCGGAGAAGCACAUUCCGGGGUUUGACCAACUGGGGCCGAAACCCUCCGGUCUGAAAAGCAGAGUCGUUGAAGAUAGGAGUCUAAGUUGUGCUGUAGUGGAAGAUGCCGAUUUCGCAGUAGAGCCGGACUGGCAUUUGGUGGGAAGGAGGGUGAUCAAUGGGGUUUCAACCACCAAAGGAAGGAAAUUAAUUGAUAAUGAGAUCAUCCAUUUUAAUUUUCCUACCGCAAACUCAAGGAAUAAUUCACAAUGGAUAGUUCGUUUCUCUACUGAAAGACAUGGGGAGAUUGGUCGGCUUGAAAUGGCGUGGGCAAAAUGCGUUAUUCCCCUUGUGAAAUCUUCAAAGGUGAAGGUUUAUGGUCGCUGCAUAGCUGCCCCAGCAAACAUGUACAUAGGGCAAGAAAUAAUGUUGUAUGUAAGCUUUUAUAUGCACAAUUCUGUUUUCACCAAUAAUUCCAAGUCGUCCUGGAGGCUAGAUGAUCCAUCCAACAUUGACUCCACUGAAUAUCCUCUAUUGACCCUAUUCAAGUUGUUGCAGAUCAAACCCUAUCGAGAGGCUGCGUACGACCCAGAAGAGCUCAAUACGGGGAAAUGUUUGGGAAAUACAAAUCUAACUGUGCCAGCAUUGUCCACGGCCAUGACAAGAAAGAGUGGCCAGAAGUGUCUGGAAGAAAAUAAGGAUGAGCAAGCCAUCUCCGAGGCAGCCUUAAACAAGAUCAUUGGAUCUGCAGGUGUAUAUGACUUGGAGGAGUUGGAGCCCCCAGAUACCCUUAUGUGUACCCUAAAGCCAUACCAGAAGGAAGCUCUGUACUGGAUGUCACGGCAAGAGAAACAAACAUAUGUUGCAGGGAAUGCCACAAAAACUCUUAAUCCUUGCUGGGCAGAAUACCGUAUAUGCGAUGAGGCGGCCUCUUCUAUAUAUGUAAAUGUAUGCUCCGGCGAAGCAACCACACAAUUUCCGGAUGCUCAGCAAAUGGCAAGAGGAGGGAUAUUAGCAGAUGCAAUGGGGCUUGGGAAGACCGUGAUGACGAUAGCUUUAAUACAUGCAAGACCGAGCAGGAGACGUCCAGAUGCGCAAAAAUUUCUCACGGAGGAUGCUGAUGACGUUGAUAGCACAAAGAGAAGGAAGAGAGAUUCAAGCAUAAGAAACACGCAAAAAGUAAAAGGUGGCACUCUUAUUAUAUGUCCAAUGGCUCUAUUAAGCCAGUGGAAGGAUGAGCUUGAAACUCAUUCGAAGCCUGAAAGCAUUUCAAUUUUUGUACACUAUGGUGGGGAUAGGACAAAUGAUCCCAGGGUGUUCUCAGGAUAUGAUGUAGUCUUGACUACAUACGGCGUCUUAACGGCUGCUUAUAAGCAUGAUCAAGAUGACAGCAUAUUCCACAGAGUUGAAUGGUAUAGGGUAGUUUUGGAUGAAGCUCAUACAAUUAAAUCUUGGAUGACCCAAGGUGCUCAGGCUGCCUUUGCUUUGCUCUCACAUUUUCGGUGGUGUCUCACUGGAACCCCCAUUCAGAAUAACUUACAAGAUCUCUACAGUCUUAUCCAUUUCUUGCGUGUUGAACCAUGGUGCAACUGGGCAUGGUGGAAGAAGCGUAUACAAAGUCCUUAUGAGGGUGGAGAUGGAAGAGGGAUAAAGCUGGUCAGAAUAAUAUUGAACUCUCUGAUGUUGAGACGAACUAAAGAAAGCAAAGAUAAAGAAGGAAGGCCGAUACUUAGUCUCCCUCCGACUGAUAUACAAACUAUUGAAUGUGAACAAUCCGAAGCAGAACAGGAUUUUUACGAUGCGCUCUUCAGGAGAUCUAAAGUACGAUUUGAUCAAUUUGUAGCACAGGGCAAGGUUCUUCACAAUUUCGCAUCUAUCCUUGAACUUCUACUUCGAUUGAGGCAGUGCUGCAACCAUCCAUUCCUUGUCAUGAGCCGAAGUGAUUCCCAGCAGUAUGCAGAUUUGAACAAGCUUGCAAGAAAGUUCCUUGAUAUGAAUCCCCAUUCUGCCUCCUGUAAUCAGAUAGUCCCGUCUAGAGCCUAUGUUGAAGAGGUAGUUGACGGCAUCCGACGGGGCGAAAAUACAGAGUGCCCAAUUUGCCUGGAGUCAGCAGAUGACCCUGUGCUCACACCUUGUGCUCAUAGGAUGUGCAGGGAAUGCCUUUUGUCAAGCUGGCUUACACAUAGCUCUGGCCUGUGCCCAAUCUGUCGCCAAACGCUGAGGAAAAACGAUCUCAUUACGUGCCCUACAGAAAGCCAGUUCAGAGUUGAUGUUGAAAAGAACUGGAAGGAAUCUUCAAAGGUGUCGAAGCUUUUAGAUUGCCUGGAAAAUAUUCGGCAGUCGGGCUCUGGCGAGAAAAGCAUUGUAUUUAGCCAAUGGACUUCAUUUUUGGAUCUCUUGGAGAUACCGCUUAAGAGAAGAAAAUCCGGGUACCUGAGAUUUGAUGGGAAACUGGCGCAGAAGCAAAGGGAGAGGAUCUUGAAGGAGUUCAAUGAGACAAAUGACAAAAUGAUACUUCUGAUGUCUCUUAGAGCUGGUGGGGUAGGCUUGAACUUAACUGCUGCCUCUCAUGUCUUUCUCAUGGAUCCAUGGUGGAACCCAGCCGUAGAAGAGCAAGCAAUCAUGAGAAUUCACCGCAUUGGACAAAAACGAACUGUUUCAGUUAGAAGAUUCAUUGUGAAGGUGAGUUUGCUGUUUGUACUUUUCUCUCCUACGGGAAUUGGUCGAGCUAUGGGGUCAAAACACAUAGCAGGUACAUCUAAGAAUUUAGGCAUAUGGGUCAGACCAAGCUUUGAGCUUGCCCACCCAACAACACUUUUCCCUUUCACGUGCUGUCUGUGUCUGAACUCUGAACAGCCACGUACUGGUAUGCCUUGUAUGUUGGUCCUAGACCAAGUCCAAAGGGACUUAGCUUCGUGGGGGGUCAACUUACGAAAAAAGCUCCAACUUAAUUAGGUAGUCCUAGUAUAAAUAAACCAUGAAAUCCCAUUCAUCCAGUUCUCUUCAACUUCAAGCUUGACUUCUUGACAUCAGCCUAUUGUCCAAAUCUGACGUUCUCCACUGAAAUUUGUCGUUCUUAAGUUCAGAGCAUGCCAAUCUUUUCUGUUCAAUACAAAUUGGACAAACAGGUAUCCGUCUAGGUCAAGUCUCUUCAUUAUGUUGCGAUUUCUCGGUUAUUUUUCCAAAUGAGUUGAGCCAAACUGAACCUAGACCGAGUAAAAGAAAAAUCAAAACCAAUUUGGUAUUUCCUAAUGGAACUGUAGUCUUGAAUCUGUGAUUAGAGAAAAACACCGAUUUCAAGCCGAAAAAACUGCUUUUGUCAGAUUAGAAUGAUGUCAGUUGAAACUGAAAAUUGCGCAGGACACGGUAGAGGAGCGAAUGCAGCAAGUUCAGGCGAGGAAGCAGCGAAUGAUCGCCGGCGCCCUCACCGACGAGGAGGUCCGGUUUGCCAGGCUGGAGGAGCUCAAGAUGCUCUUCAGAUAGAGGAAAAAGGAGUGCCAAGAAUUUUGAAGAAAAAUCCCAAAUCCCCUCGGAUUUCUUUAAACUAAUCUUCCUGUAAUCUAUUGUACAUGGGAAAUUCAUGCUGACAGCUAAGGCUGAAGACCAGAUCUUUCAGCAUUGACUA